CAUCAUCAGAAAGUUUUCUAGCAUGGCCCGUCGAACACAAUCGCGCUAUAUCUUUGACAUCGAGGAUAACUUCCGAGUGUUUCGCCAUCAGUUUUUCGUCAACGGUGCAAGGCGGGCGGAUUGCACCUCCUGCGAAAGUCGAGUGCCAGUCAGCGAACCAUACCAUCAUCACUGGCGAAAUGAUAUCGAGAACAAUAGAAGCCAUUGCAUCCAAAUCGGUUCGGAGGAAAAGGAUAUCCUGAAGAGGAUCGAGGACCAGGCCAUCGAAGAGUUUAUCCUGUGUGAUGGAAGCAUUGCGGCCAGGACCAACGACUUUCUUCUGGAUGCUGGGAUGGAUGCAGUUCCUCAACUGCUGCGAUUUUUAAGUUUCGGUACCGAAAAAUUGGAAGCCACAGUUGGAUUCUACGUGGAUGUGAAGAAGGAGCGAAUGUACUACGAAAGCAGUCCGUUAAAUAUCGAAAACCAUUUUGAUAUUGGUGAGGCGGUGGAUAUGAUAUUCUCAAUGCUGCUGGAGAAGAUCAGCAACUAUGUGCUGCUCCAUCAGAAGGUUCCACUGGAGGCGUGUGUAAUCAGAAGAAUGAAGGUGACGGUCAAGAGAUUUUGCGUCUCGCCCAAAAGCAAUUCUCUCAAACUGCCUUUGCAGUACCGAGUAAAAAACGCAACAGAAGUCAUUGAAAAUGGAAGUAGUAAACAUUCCUCCGAUUUAGCUCAACUUUCUGAAACUUAUAUAAAUCGAAAGGACCGAAAUCAACAUAUUCCGGCUAAUCUAAAAAUAAACCUGUACACUUUUCGGGUCUGCAGCACCUCCAAGGAAUUAUAUGCAGUGCCAUAUCUGCUCCGUGGCGAUGAUGUCGAAAACACGCCCACCUUCAUCAUUCAAACGGACGUAGUUGGUGACUUUCGGGGCUUACUUGAGAUCCGAAAUAUUAGAAAGUUCCUGCGAGUGGAUACCCAUGAUCGGGUAUUCGAGUGCCGCCAGUGCCAAUCCCACUUUGUGGACCGGGUGCACCUGGCCCUCCACAAGCAGAUCGCCUGUGGCAGGAACUUUAUGGUGUGGUACAUGGACAAGGACGCCAUCGAGUUGCACGAGAAUUGCUUGCCUCUGCCAAAGGAGUACUUCAAAUAUGAGUGGGUCGGAUUGGCAAGAAAGCGAAUUUAGAGUACUAUUAGAUAAUAAUUCGAGAUAGAACUUAAUAAAUUAAUUAAAUAGCACAAAAUUUUUUGAAGUGUGGUUACAAAAUUCUGGUUUAAUGGAUAAUUAUUCUUUUUCAAAAAUUAUUUUCGAAAUUGUUAGUAUAUUGCAGUCACUACAAC